CCCCCCCCUCCACGCUCAACUCUCCAUUUCUCCAUUCUCACCGUCAAUCCCGACUACAUUCGAUCAAACAUCUCUACCAGAUACCGGUGGAGUCAUUGAGAUUGCGUGCAAAAAAGGGGUUCACCCACCUCAUCAGACAGAGACCCCCCCCACUUCUCUCCCUCGAUACCAGGCGCGGCGCCGACUCCGUGCACACUGUCACAGCCACACACAACCCUUCAAAACACGGCGAGCGCGCGAGACGUGGUUCUUUUCAAUUCUUUCCCUCCUACUUGUAUAACCACUGCCCGACAUGUCAUCUCGCAUGUGGGAGGUCGACCCGGAGACGAAGACAAAGCUCCUCCAGAUAUCCAAGACCAACGGAAACGAUAGGUGCUGUGACUGCGGCGCGCCCUCACCCCAAUGGGUAUGUAGAUAUCAUAAUCUCCCGAGUCUACACUUAUUGGAGCGCUGCUCCAAUGGACCCCUCGCACACGACCCUCGAGAAAGGACCUAGCUAACGCGGGCUGCGUCUCUUUCACAGGCCUCGCCCAAAUUUGGGACUUUCAUUUGCCUGAACUGUGCUGGCACGCAUCGCGGUCUCGGUGUACACAUCUCCUUCGUCCGCUCAAUCACCAUGGACGCCUUCAAGCACGCUGAGAUCCAGCGCAUGGAAUUAGGCGGCAACGAGCCUUGGAAGUCCUUCUACGACGCCCACGCCGUGACCAUCUCCGAAGGCCGCACGUUCGAAGACUCCACAAUCAAAGAGCGCUACGAGGGCGACGCCGGUGAGGAAUGGAAGGAGAGACUAUCCUGCAAGGUUGAGGGUCGCGAAUACGUGCCCGGCCAGGAGAAGAAGAAUACCGCGCCCGCCUCGCGGUCGAGUACACCUAUGAGUCUGAGCGGUGCUGGCGCUGGUGUGACCGGUGGUGCGCGGACAGGAUCGCCUGCAGCGUCGUCGAUUCGCUCGCAUGAUAGCCAGCGCAGCGGGGCGCCGACCAAGAAGGAGCAGAAUGAGGCUUAUUUUGCGAAAUUGGGGAAUGAUAAUGCGACGAGGUCGGAUGCGUUGCCGCCUUCGCAGGGUGGGAAGUUUACUGGCUUUGGUGGUGGGCUGCCCCCGUCUACGGCUGCGGAACGACGGUCAUCACCUUUUGGCGGGUUUGGAGGUUGGGGUGGUGGUGGUGCGGGAAGUGGACCGGCUUUGGAUGACCUGCAGAAAGAUCCUUUGGGUACUUUGACCAAGGGUCUUGGGUGGUUUGCGUCGACGGUGGGUAAGAGUGCGAAGCAAGUGAAUGAAUCAUACCUACAACCUACGGCCAAGCAGCUGGCCGAAUCCGACUUCGCAGCCCAAGCCCGCGUCCAAGCCGCAACCUGGGGCCAAAACCUCCAAACCGGCGUCCGCGGCGCUGCAGACCAAUUCAACCGUUUUGUCGAGGGACCCGAGGACGGCCGCGCUGGUGCAGGUCGCUCACGCGUGGAACCCGAACGUCGGGACUUUUGGGACGACUUUUCAUCUCUGGGCUCGCAAGAGCAAAAUGGUCAUCAGCGGAGUGGCUCGCGGUCUGAUGUGAUCGGGACUGCGGCUAUGCGCAAGGGCCCUGCGGCGACGCCGUUGUCGAAUUCUACGACUCCUAUUUCUAGUGAGACUACUGCGUCUGCCGGGAAAGAUCAUGGGGCGGCUGGAGCUUCGACGGCAACGACGAAGGGCAAGGAUGAGUGGGAUGAUAAUUGGUAG